AUGGCUACCAUGAACAGAAUGCUGGGCCUACGGACGGAUACGUCGAUACCCAAGAAAUACCGCGGAGAGCCCGACGAUCCUCACUUCGUACCAGACUCUCCAUUAAUCGGAAGGCAGUCCUUGACAGAGCAAGAGGAGGGCGAUUUGAAACGAAUCUGUGCCAUGGUGCUGGCUAACGUGCAACACGCGGACGAUACGUCGGACGAUCCUUUCAAAUACCUUGCAGCCCAGAUACAUGAAGGCGACGCACCUCGGCAGAGAGACACAAACCUAGAGCGAAAGCCUGACCCUGUUCAGACCACCGACAACAUCACUCAUGUCAUACGGAGCGGUCUUGACCUACAUAAUGACACUGCAACCCCCUCCGAGGCCUCUCCUCGACAUACCUUUUCUGCCGAUGACUACUCGACACCUCUUACUAGUGCAGGAUUCACUCCAGCAGACACAGCUCGGCGACUUUCUGAGACAACUCGAAGAUCUGUAAACAGUACCAAGAAACCAGGAAGCAGUUUGCGGAACGAGACAAUUCCAUCCAUGGAAAGUCGAAAAGCCUCAAACGCCGCUUUACACAGGUCACUGGAAGCAGUCAAGCCCUUCAUGGAGGUGGAAGCGAUCAGAACUAGUCUGCGGGUCGUUACCACUCAGUUUCCACCUUCCGAGACCAAGAGUUUCAUAUCUUCGGACUACUCUCAGCAGCAGAAACAUCCCGGGCCCGACCUGAACAAAGAACUCCCUCCUCCCCCACCACCACUUGAGAACCCCACGGAUGAUGAAGACUCACAGCUCCACAUAACUCGAAUGAUGAAGAACAUCAAAAAGAAGAAGAGCAUAGCCACUGCGGUCAGAAGCCUCUCGUCACAAUCUACACCGACCCUACCUGCAGUUACUGAAAGUCCAACAGCCGUGCUCACACCAAGGGCAUCCACUACAUCAUCACAAGCAAAAGAAGCGCCUCCGAAGAAGAGAUUCCGCUUCCGACUCUUCACGAGGGACCGACCUCGCGAUAUACUCGUUACCUGA